UCAGUCCAAGUCCACUUCAGUUGUGGUUUGCAACGGCUAUCACUCAUUUCUCCACCUUUAUCACAGCAAGUAUUAUUGUUUCAUCACCUUCUCAAGUAUGGAUCUGAUUCAGGUUUUGAUAAACCGCGGUCUGCAUUAUUGAGGAAGAAAUGAUCGAAUCCACUCCGAGGGCUGCAAAUUUCAAAGGUGGGCAGGGUGAUGACCAGGUCUUGACCAACACAGUGUCUCACAAGCCGGGCAGCUAAACUUGAAACAAUUUAAGGCAGCGAGCUCAGACGCAGAUCAGGGAGCGGCAGCGAUGGCGACAAGAGCCGGAUCAUUGUCAAGUUUCGCGGUGCGCCGGUUGUUGGAAAGAAAGGGUCAUGUGGGUUCUGUGCCGACACGGGGCUGGUCUGUGGCACUGGAGCGCAAGGACCUUACGCCGUUUGGGGCUCGUUGCGUGUCCAACCAGAUUGUGCGAGCCCGCAUGAAAUCAGUGAACAACAUCAAGAAGAUUACCAUGGCAAUGAAGAUGGUGGCAGCGUCCAAGCUCUGGACGAUGCAGGUCAAGGCUGAGAAGUCGCGCGGCAUGUGGCAGCCAUUCACAGCGCUCCUCGGCGACGAGCCGUCGAUCACUUCCCCGAAGAAGCUGGUGGUCGUGUUGGCCUCUGACAAGGGUCUGUGCGGCGGCAUCAACUCCACGUCGGCGAAAUACUCCCGAACAUUGUUCAAGAUGAACAAAUUGGCGGCGGAGUCGAACGAGACCAAGUUCGUGCUGAUCGGGGAUAAGGGCAAGGCGCAGUUACAGCGGGAGUACAGCAAUCAUUUCUCAUCUUUCUUCACGGAGACGCAGAAAGAGGGCAUCAGCUUCACGCAGUGCGCCAUGAUUUCGGAUGCGAUCCUCAAGGACAACAAAUACGACGCCCUUCACUUGGUGUUCAACAAGUUCGAGUCGGCUGUGUCCUUUAUGCCCACCGUCGCCACCAUCCUGUCCACGGCCACGCUCGAAACUGAAGAAGGACAGAAAGUUUGCAACCUGAACUCGUAUGAAUUCGAGGGAGACGAAAUCCCUAGCGACAUGCUCAUGAAUUUGGCGGAGUUUCAAAUGGCGUCGGUGAUUUACAAUGCCAUGCUGGAGAAUGCCACGAGUGAGUUGGGUGCUCGUAUGUCGGCCAUGGACAACUCCACUCGUAACGCUGGUGAUGUGCUUUCUCGACUCACGCUCAGUUACAACAGAUCACGGCAGACCGCCAUCACCACCGAGCUCAUCGAGAUUAUCUCCGGAGCCGCUGCUUUGGAAGGCUAACUCAGCGAGAGUGAGCGAAAGAGAGUGAGCAUCCUUCACGUCGUUGGCUGCAAUCAGUGUGGUUUAUGGCAAGAAUCGGCAACUCACCCCUAUUUUCGGCAACAAGAUCAGAGGUUUUUAUCAUGUUGUUCUUUCAUUUUACAGUUUUCAGGUAGAAUCAGUCAGGUCUGAGAGCUGUCGCGUGGCACUGUGAUCUCAUUAGCAGCACAAUAGAAAAAAAAAAUUACCUGUUGCUUUUGACAGAUAGCUCGACGGCCUGGAUUUGCUCUGUUGGGUCAUUUGUUCUUGCAAGCUGAACCCAUGAACAAGGUGAACCCCUUCUACGGGGUUGCUAUCCUUCUGUGUCGAUGGAACUGAUGUUUUCUAAUCUGGUUGUGCAUAGAGUCACGCCUCAGCGUUUCCACUU